CCCUGCUGCCAGCAGCCCACAGCACCGCAGCCCUCUUGCCUUGCCUUGCCUUGCCUGCCUACGAUUCACAGCGCACUGCCUCCUUCUCCGUCCUGCAGCCUCAGCUCUCCAGCUUUCGGCCGCUCGAUUUCCUUUUUUCUUUUUUUUUUUCCUUUUCCUUCGCUUGUUGCUUCCCGAUCUCGAAAUGCCCUUGCCCGGCUUCGAGUGACGACCCGGUAGAGCGACGACACCUAAUCCACUUUAGCCAUCUCCCCCCCUCGAGUCGGGCUGGAUGCACAAAACAUCGCCGCAGAAAGGGUGGAAAGUCCUCUUCAGGACAACUCAACCCGCACCUCCACCCCUGAGCGUCGGCCACGCCAACAUGAGCCGUCACCUCCUCGCCUGGAAUAGGCUCCGCCGCUUGUUCCACAACCGGCUGACCCUCAUCUCUGCCUUCAUCGUCUGCUCCGUCUGGCUGCUCACCUCGGACCUGCGCUCGCCGGCGGAAUGGCCAUCGCUGCCGGGCCUCGCCCCGAACCCGCCCACCCCCAUACCGCCCCCGAAGCGCAUGUCCAACGCAAACUACACGGUGCCGCCUCUCGGAGAGCGUGUCCUGUGCGUCGGGCCCCGCGGCCAUCUGCUGACCAAGAGCCCCGACGAUGACUUGAAGGAGAUUGAGCUGGAAAUGCCCUACCCCACCCCCUUUACCGGCUCCUACGAGGCCCUCGGCAUCGACCUGACCUUCAUGAGCGCCGACGGGCGGUACGGGCCGUAUGGAUUCGGCGCGGAGAAGGACUCGUACACGCGGCAGCGCGUUGACUGGGACCGGGUCGACUGGGCGAGGCUGCAGAACGACUGCUUCGAGCGGAACGCGCACCGCUUCCCGCCGACGGCCAAGAAGCUCGAGAACACGUUGGCGUCGUACCGCUUCUCCUUCCGGAACCUGUCGCAGAUCCCCGAGGUCCGCCACUGGCACGAGUUCCGCUCGACGCGCCGCACCGCCGUCGUCGUGCGCGUCUGGCGCGGCUACGAGUACAUGCCCGAGGACAUGUUCUACCUCCGCUCCCUCGUCGCCGAGGCCGCCCUCAAGACGGGCGGCGAGUACCAGGUCAUCCUGCUCGUCGACAUGAAGGAUUACGAGGGUAACAUCUUCGGGUCCAGCGAGGAGUACCUGCAGGGCCUGAAGAGCGCCGGAAUCCCCCCCGAGUUCCAGUCCAUGGCGCUCUUGUGGGACGACCGCCUGCUGUCGAGCUGGUAUCCGGAUAUCGAAGAGCACAGAACCAUGUGGCAGGUAUACCAGCCGAUGCAGCUCCUCGCGCUGCACUAUCCCGAGUACGACCACUUCUGGCAGGUCGAGCUCGACAUGCGCUUCACGGGCGACGCAGGUCGGUAUCUCGACAGGCUGACGAGCUUCGCGCGUAACGAGCCGCGGAAGCAGGCCUUUGAGCGGUCCACGUUCAUGCACAUGCAGCAGAUGAUUGGCGACUACGACGAGUUCUUCAACGAGGUCGACAAGGUGCACAACGGGUCGGCCGUCAUCUGGGGCCCGCUGCGCAUCCCCGAGAUCCAGCCUAUCGGGCCGGACCCGCCGACGCGCUUCGCUAAGGACGAGCACUUCAAGUGGGGCGUAGGCGAGGAGGCCGACGUGAUCGUCACGUCGUUCUGCAACAACGUGCUCAACGCGCACCAGUGGGUGUUCCAGGGCUGGCUGGGCGGCUUCAGCGCCGGGCUUAAGACGCCGCGGUUCUUCUGCCCGCCCGCCAUCAUGCGCACGAGCCGCGCCCUGCUGUUCGUCAUCCACGAGGCCCAGAUCCGGCAGCACCUGCGCGUGCCCAGCGAGGCCACGCCGCCGAGCUUCGCCCUGUGGCACGGCCUCAAGUUCAGCUUCCCCCAGCACCCCGUCUUCUGGCACGAGCGCGACGACUUCGCCACGCAGGAGAAGUGGUGGAAGGGCGGCCCCGCCAAGAGCUCGACGGGUAUCGGCCCCGACGACAUUGGCCACCCGCGCGGGUACGGCCUGACCUUUUGGUGGGAGACGGACUGGCCCCGCCAGAUCUACAACGCCUGGCAGGGCCGCCGCCUCGACGACGGCGUCCCGCGCCCCUGGAUCCUCCAGGACCGCGACGGCCAGAUCUAUGCGCCCAGCAUGUUGCUGCACCCCAUGAAGCAUUCCAGGUAACGGCUUAAUGACUUCCAUAUAUGUGGGUUAAUGGCAACGAGAAUAAAGCGGGGGAGGGGACGGCGGGAAGAAGGCGAAAAGGAAACCACGAGGACAGAAUCUUGGGGAGGGAAAUAAUCUGUAUGUGUGCGCCAUUAGCAUCGUCUCUCUAUUGUGUUUGUGUGUGCGUGUGUGCGUGUGUGUGUUGUUUCUCUUCCAGAAAGCAAACCCGGCUUUUUCUGGCGGAUGCCACGCGCAAAGAACGGAGGUGGGAGGCGGAGGAUAUAGGGAGGAACAGUAUUACAUGGAAAUUGGAGUCCAGGUGGCUUCUGGGAUACAUUUUUCUUUUUCUUGUCUGCUAAUUUUUCUCCCACAUACUUUCUUGUUUUCUCUUACCCAUAUUUUUGUUCUGUUUGUCCAUCAGGAACAACUUACCUACCUUACCUACCCUCCUGCAUUUAUGUGUGUAUAUUUUUUCUUCCACUCUUCGUCCUCUUCCUCGUCCUCU